AUGUUAACAAGAGCACAAUUUCAAGAUUUAAUUUCUCUUGAACAAUAUUCGAGUAACGAAACACAAAGCGACGACUGUAACCUCUCGCUACCCGAAUCCAUUCAAAGAAAAUACGCCAUGAAAAGACUGAAAUUGUUGUAUAAACUUCUUAACAAUUGGGGGGUCGAAGACAACUCAGAUUAUAGUGAAAUGUUUAACAAAGUCAUAGAAUCUCUUAAACCAAUUGAAAACGACAUAAAAAAUCCCGGUGUUCUUGUAGACCUUUUCGCCUCAAAAUUACCAGUUACAACUAAUCUAAUAGCAACACAAGCUAUAGAGCAAUUUAUUUUAUGUUUUCCCAAGCAAUAUAGACAACACCUGAGGGAAACAAGAAUAGGAAAAUUUCAAUUGGUGUAUCCUACAACAUACAACUAUUACGAAGAAGCAAAUGAAUAUGGAGAACUCUCAUUCCAUUUCACACUUUCAGUUCCUGAGGGAGAAGAAAAAGCAAUCUAUCAUGUACAAUCUCUUGCAGGAUGUGAAGGAAAACCUCACAUAGUAACUACUGUUGCAAUUGACAAACCUGCAAGAGUCGAAGACGAUGUUUUGUUCGCGUCCAUUGCUGGUUUUGGCAUGGGAGAACCAAUUCCAAUUUCCCAUUUCACAGAAUACUCAGCACAACAUUUUCAAAAUGUAGAAUUCGUGUUCUACGACCAUCAAAAGUUCCUGCUAACAAAACCAAAGAAACAAUUUGUCUCAAUAUUUGUUGCUGGUCAUGUGGCUGACAAAGAGCCAUCAGAUACUGAUUAUGAAGAAGAGGAGGAGGAAGAAGAAAACGAUAGCGAUGUCGUUCUUAUCGAAUAA